UAAGUUUUCGUGUGCUCUAAUUACGUAAUAUAUAAAGUAAUUGAGUGUUUCUUUAUUGUUCGACAUUUAUUUACUGUAUUGUGUGUUAGUGUAUAUAUUUAGAGUUUUAAUUUGCCAAAGAACUAUGUAUUCGUUUAGAAGUGAAAAUGUUAACCAGCUGCAUGCGCAUAAUAUUCGGAUUACCGAACUUGAUUCUUCGAGUGCUAUGUCUCAGCCCCAACCGCAAAAGGUGGUGCAUCUGCCUAAGAUCAGGAUGCUGAGUCGAGGGGGCAGAGCGCCUUCAGGCGUCCGCAUCACCAAUGUGAAGUCCAUCAGACCUCCAGACCCUGAGGCUGUGAAGAAACAGGAGGAAGUCAAGCUUAGGGCUCAGCUGCAAAAAGAAAUAGUCUCCCGAGCCCGCACCUGUGCGUACAAGAGCUACGAGUGUCCCCUACCCGUGGUGACGGGAAGACAGUAUUGCUACCGUCACAUACUGAAGGACCCUACUGCACCGUACCGACAGUGUGCUCAUACGUACGGCAAUGGGGAACGGUGUCCGAUGCCUGCACCGAGCGAUGGAAGGGAUCAUAGGGAUACCGGCCUCUGCUUCGAGCAUGCUCGCGCAGCACUGUACGCUCGACAGCGCAGCGCCGCGCCGCCUCCGCCCGUCACUACUACCGAAACACUGCUUAACCAGCUGCAGCAUUAUGUUAAGCCAGAACGUCCACGUACAACGUCAUGUGCAUCAUCAGUGUCAGUUGUUAGCGAUCCUGCUGAGCAAGAACAGGCUGACCCAGAAAUUGUUGAUCCGUUCAAGCAAAUUGACGCAACAUCAAUCAACAACGCCUACGCUACCGCCAUGAUGGAGUACGCGAGCUGCAGCGACAGUGACGGCGAGAGCGUCACCCUGGGGCCCGGCGGUGACUGCCGCGCUGGAGACCACGAGGACCUGUCUGAUGCUGAAGACGCUCCCUGCGAGGAGACGCCGCUGUGGAAAGCAGGAGUAUACACGGCCGAGGAGGCGGUGAGCGUGGCUCAGUCGGCACUUAAGAUGCUGCAGUCGGCGUACGUCACGCAGAUGUCGCGGCUGCGCGUGCUGCUGCAGUCGGCGCGGCUGAUGUACCUGCGGGACCUUAAGGCCGAGAGGGAUCAGUACUGCAGUAUAAACUCUCAAUCUCGAAGCGGUCCCCUCACAGUUCGUGAAAGGCGUCAGUUACGCAAACUGAAGGCGUAUGCCAGCUACCAUAGGAAACACGGCAACGAUGCUGUGUUGGCUAGGAAGAUGCAUCAUAAGAGGGCUAAGCUAAACGACCCGUGUCCCAAUCGUCCGAUACCGUCGCAAGGUCGAUGUACGUUCACUGAGGGCGGCGUCAGAUGUCCUACUCACGUGUUGCCUGCUGCCAAACAUUGUUUGAAGCAUAUAUUGCAUGAUAGGCAACAGGUCCUCUUCAAUGCUUGCGGCGACAUUCGAGGCGUAACCUCGUGCCGGGAGCCGGUCGCCAAGCUGCCGCUGCCGUCCGCCGCCUGCCGCUACCACACCGACCCGCCUGUCUAUACUGUCUUCACUUUAGAGAAACACGGGUCAGACACAGAAUCGGAACAGCCCUCAACAUCAGACGACUCCCACGCGGACGAACUGCUAGACCCCCCUUCAGAGACCCUUCCGGACCUCACAGAGUCUCUAACUGAGGUCCAAGAAGACAGGGUGGAAGUCCAGGAGUUGGAAGUCGCGUACAGCCAGGAUAUGACAGAGGAAUGACAAAUAGCUGAUCUGGUUUACCAGAUGUACAACGAUUUUGAAGUCUGCGAUGUGAAUGCUGGACAUUAAAGUGUGUGGGACGGUGGAAC